AUGUUUCGAGCAGACUUUUUGCGAUUGUAUCUUUCGUCGAUCUCUUUCUGUGACCUAAAAAAAAAAAAGUUUUUGUUUUUGUAUAGCAAUUUCUUGUCUCGUCUCUUUUUUCCUUUCUUCUCUCGAUUUGUUUUCUUUUUCUAUCUUUUGUUAGUUGAUCUCUCUUUCACCUUUUCUCCCUUUUAUUACGCGGCUCUGAUCCUUCUGUCCUCUGCUUUCUCCUGUCCAGUUCCUCUUUCUUUGCCUUUUAUUUCCACCUUUAUCCCCUUUUGUCUCCUCCAUAUUGUUCAACGAGAUUCUCUUCUUGUUCAAUUUCUCGCGGUUAGCUUCUUCACUAUUUUUAUCUCUUCAAACUCAGUCUCAACUUCUUCCUUUCUCUUCUUUCUCGUCUUACUUUCCCCUCAUCCUCUCUCUCUGUAUUCAGUUGUUUCUUCUCUAAUUAGUCAUCAUUCUUCUUCUUCUUCUUUUCUUAUUCUCCUUUCAAACUUUCACCUUCCUUCUCAUUUUCUUCUCAUCUUCCCAAAUCCUUCGCCACCUUCUUCAUUUUCCAUUAACUCAUCUGUUUCGCAACAUUCUCUUUUUUCUUUUAUUUCUUUCUUUAUCCCUCCCUCUUCCUUGAUCUCUAUCUCCCUGUCUACCUCUUUCAGGUGUUUCUCCUCCGGUUCCUCACCGUUCUUUUCUCCAUCUUUUGCCACCAAAGUAUUGCGUUUUCGGCCAAGACCCUAG